GAGAGGAUUGUGACGAUGAAAGGUGGAAAUAUUUCAAGGUGCCCUUGAUGGUACAAUGAUUCUAGUUAAUGUUCCUUGUGAUGAUCGACCCAAAUAUCGCACUAGAAAAGGCACCAUUGCUAUGAAUGUUCUAGGAGUAUGCUCACCUGAGAUGGAAUUUACAUAUGUCUUACCCGGUUGGGAGGGAUCGGCACAUGAUUGUCGGAUUCUUCGAGAUGCUAUUUCUAGGCCUAAUGGGUUGAAAGUUCCUAAAGGUAAUACGAUUGACAUAGUAGACUUUAUUUGAGAUUAACUUAGUAAGAGAGUAAUUUUGUUUUUUUUUUGAAUUUGAUGAUGAUGACUUGUAUGAGGAAAGUGAUAGUGAUGAUGAUGAUGGUGAUGCUAGUGAUGAAGAUGAUGUGGAUUACAUAACUUCCAUUGCUGUAACCGAUCCAUGGACUAAUUUUCGAAAUACAAUGGCCCAAAAUAUGUUUAAUGAGUGGAGGGUUAGAAACCGCAGACUUAGUUCGUGAUUUUAUUUUUUACAUGACCAAACUUUUUUAUUGUUAUAUUUGAACUUCAGACUAGAAUGCUUUUUUCAAUUUCGAUCUUGUACGUUUUUCUGUUUACAUUAAGUCAUGGAUGUUGUAUUGGACUUAUAUUAAUUUCCUUUUUUACUUAAAUUGAACAAUUUUUUUGGUUAAUUUUAUUCUUAUAUAUAUGCAAUCCUCUUAUGUAUAUUCUUAUGUAUAUGUCAUGUUAAUAUGGUUCAAAUGUUAUAGUAUUAUGGAAGAAAGUAGUGCAAGUGGAGGUGGAAGGGGGAGAAACAAACGAUUUUGGACCGCUCAAGAAGAUGAAGUCCUUGUGGAAGCAUUGUCAGAGCUAGCUGUAGAUCCUCACUGGAGGUGUGAAAAUGGAUUCCGAAGCGGCUAUAUGGUUCGCUUGGAGGAGGUCAUAGGUAAGGCUCUUCCUGGUUGUGGUUUAAAGGCUACACCACACAUUGACUCUCGGAUUAAGACACUUGGAGCCAAGUUUAGGGCUAUUUCUCAAAUGUUAAAUACAAGUGGAUUCGUUUGGGAUGAUGAAAAAUAAAUGGUUUAUGUGGACCGGGCUGUUUAUGACGAGUUUUGCAAGAGUCAUCCUAAUUGCAAAAACUUGUAUGGAAUUUCUUUCCCCCACUUUCAUGAACUCGAGAAAAUUUAUGGCAAGGACUAUGCUACUGGAAAACCAGCUGAAGGUUUUGCUGAUGCAGUCAACAACUUGGAAAAAGUUGCCCCUCCACAAGUUACACUUGAUUCAAGUGAUGAUGAGGAUGUUCUAGGUAGUGGUAAUGUCACUCAAACUGUUACCUCUCCUCCUUAUAAAAAGAUCAAGACUGAAAACACUACAAAAAAAAGUAAGAGAGGAAGUGGUGGUGCCGGAAGUUCUAAUGAGCUCGCUAGCUUACAAGCAUUUAUGAAAGACAUGAAUGUUCAUCUUUCCACUAUGGCUACUGUGAUGGCACGCACUGAUGAUCGUGAACAACGUGCGGAUGAAAGAGAGCAAAAAUUAGUUGAAAAGAGUGAACAAGUGCUAGAGGAACUACUCUCUUUUAAUCUUGAAGGUGUCACUCCUACCCAAGUUUUUGAAGUGGCUAACAUUCUAACCGCACAACCUAACAAGCUCAUGAUAUUUUCAAAGUGUCCGGAUGCUUUGAAAGGUGCUUAUGUUAAGAGUCUUCUUGGAGGAAGCGGUGAUGGUAGUGCCUAAAUAAAUUUUAUGUUAUGGUUUUAUGUAUGGUUUUGUAUUAGGAAGGAUUAUUGGCAAAGACUUUGGUUGAAUGUCAAUAUUAUUAGAAUA